AUGGCCCUCCCACCCCGGAUAGACGUGCACUCGCACUUCCUGCCGCCCUUCUAUCAAGAGGCACUAGCCGCCAACGGGCACUUGUAUCCCGACGGCAUGCCGGCAAUCCCGUCGUGGUCGCCCUCUGCACACCUCGAGAUGAUGGCCGCCGCCAACGUGACUAAAUCCAUGCUCUCCGUCUCCUCGCCGGGAACACAUCUAGAUACCGCCAACGCCACUUUAACGCGCACUUUGACGCGCGAGUGCAAUGCCUAUGCAGCGAAGCUGAAGCGUGAGGAGCCGGACAAAUUCGGCUUCUGGGCGUCCCUGCCGUUGCCAGAUGUGGACGCGGCGCUGGAGGAGAUUGACAAAGCGGUCGCGGAAGGCUGUGAUGGGUUUGGAUUGAUAACGAACUACGGGGGGCUGUAUCUCGGGGAUGCAAAGUUCGCGCGCGUCUUCGAGAGAUUGAACGAGUUGCGGGCGACCGUGUUCAUCCACCCAACGAAGCCCUGCACCCACGACCCCAGUGCCGGGCAAGGAGAUCCUCAGACCACGCAUGCCACGCCGUUUGGCGAGCAGUACCCAAUCCCCAUCUUCGAGUUCUUCUUCGACACGGCGCGCGCCGUCGUCAACCUCUUCGGCAACGGGACAGUGGACUCGUGUCCGCACAUGACCUUUAUAAUCCCGCACGCCGGCGGCGCCCUGCCACCGCUCUUGACGCGGUUCAUCCAGUUCUCAUCUGUCAUGCCUGGAGGGCGUCAACUAGAUGCGGCGCGCGUGAGAGAGCAGCUAGACACGCAGUUCUACUUUGACCUGGCUGGGUUUGUCUUCGAUGGCGAGAGUGGGGGGCAGGGGCAGUUGAAAGCGCUCGUGGAAGGGUUUGAGAUUGGGCAUGAGAGGUUGAUGUACGGGAGUGAUUUUCCGUUUACGCAGACGCGGUUUGUGGAGCGGUUUGCUGAGAAAAUGAGAGAUGGGUUGGAGCAUUUGUUCGAUGAGGAACAGAGGGGGUGGAUAUAUGAGGGAAACGCGCGGAGGAUGCUUGAGAAAAAGAAGAUCGCGAAGGGAGCGAGCCUGUGA